GCUUCAUCUCCACAGGCAAGGGGAGGUCACUGUCAAGGACGAAAAAAAAAACGAUGGACGAGGAGAGUUUUUAGUGCGACGAAAUGGCAGAAAGUGCUUCCUCGACCAGAGAAGUUGAAACUUCUGGAUUCAAUCUUGAAGCUGUGCUUGCGGAGUCGAUGAUCGUGUUCCAAUGUGAAUCUUGCCGUUCCAUCUUGGGGGACUCUACUAAAUGGCUUGCAGCUUACGAAGCUCUGGAGGCAUUUACACUGAGUGCUGUAACUAACAAUGUGAGCUGUGGGGAAGUGCUUCAUCACUCAGACAGUGUUCAUGAUGCAGGCAGCUCUUAUCACCUUCUCAUCUGUCAACUUUGCAAAACAGAGAUUGGACGGUACUACGUGACUACACCACGGCAGCUUGACCACCUUCGUGGCAACUUUACGCUUUAUGUUGCAAUGGUGACUAGGUAUCAGUUGGGCAAUGCAGGGACAAAACGGAUAUCUAAAGAUUGCAAUGAUCCCCCCUUACUCUUUGAGCUUGCAGACAGGUGCUUUAAGAUUCAACACCUGGUUGUGAUGCUGAAUGCCCGCCUGACUAACGUGGAAAAAUGCCUGACUGCUGAUGGUGAUGAAGAGGAAGACAGCAAGAUCAGCAGGUAAAACCUGAGCACUCAGGUCCUUUUGUGGAAGUGAGGAGAACAUUACUCUGAAAAAUAAGAUGGCUGAACAUUGUAAGUGUUUUUUAUGUCUUGUCAAGACCACUAUUGUUUAGAAAAAAGUUUGUUGAUGGUAAAAGUGUAUUUGUACUAUCACAUGAUCGUGUGUUCAUUCAGGUUGAUGUUUAUGACUCCUUGAAUAAUUGGACCUCAAAGUCUUGAUGGUACAGUAAUGAAAUGUUUAAGAGUCAAGCUGGAUGGUCAGUUGAUCAAAACACAGCUUGAUAGGACCUCCCAUUUAUUUUCAUUUGUAUUGUUUUGCAGAAUUUUCUGUUUGUACUUUUUUGUACUUUAGGGAAACAGACAACUGAGUAGUUAGAGUACUGGCUUCGGGACCCAGUGGUGCACAGAGUUUCAUAUCUGUACAUUACAGCAACCUUUCACUUGUGGACCCCACUGUUCAGAAUGGGUUUGUGAAUAAACAGAGGGUUGAGGGAAGCUAUGGCAGUGAGGGAGGGGAAAGAGCGCCACUCUCACAAAAAGCUGGCACCAGGAAAAGUGAGAUGUCUAACACCUCACUCUGCAACAACUGAAAGGCUAUGGGACGAUAUUAUAAACUUUUUUCUCUCUUUCUUAUGGAGGGGUAAUUGUAUUUAUGAGCUUGAUUGUAGUAUUACACACAUGAAAUGCAUGUAACAAUUGUUUUAUGAGAUUCUUUCAGAGAAACGUGAGGAUAAAGUUGUUUUACAAAUAAAUCCAGGUCUCUUGUUUCUUA